AUAGAAGUGCAAUUGGAAGCAGAAAGAAAGUUGUAAUGGCAUCCACCGCCGACCCAUCGGAGUCUUUCAAGCCCUACAAGCUCAAGCAAACCCUAACCGGCCAUAAACGCGCUAUCUCCUGCGUCAAAUUCUCCGAUAAUGGCCGCUUUCUCGGCACUUCCUCCGCCGACAAGACCGCCCGCGUUUGGUCCGUCUCCGAUGCCUCUCUCCUCCACGAAUUCCAGGGCCACGACCAGGGCAUCUCCGACCUCGCCUUCUCCUCCGACGGCCGCUACCUCGCCACCGCCUCCGACGACAAGACCGUCCGCCUCUGGGAUGUCGCCACCGGCGCCGUCGUCAAAACUCUUACUGGCCACACCAAUUACGUCUUCUGCGUCAACUAUAACCCCCAGUCUAACAUGCUCGUCUCCGGUUCCUUCGAUGAGACGGUGAGAAUUUGGGAUGUGAAGAGCGGGAAGUGCCUUAAGGUGUUGCCGGCGCACUCGGAUCCGGUCACCGCCGUGCAUUUCAGUCAGGACGGGAAAUUGAUAGUAUCCAGCAGCUACGAUGGGUUGUGUAGGAUUUGGGAUGCUUCAACUGGGCAUUGUAUGAAGACAUUGAUAGACGAUGAAAACCCGCCUGUCAGUUUCGUCAAGUUCUCACCCAAUGGCAAAUUUAUUCUCGUCGGAACUUUGGAUAAUACAUUGCGUCUAUGGAACUUCCCGACUGGCAAAUUUCUGAAAACCUAUGUCGGGCACACCAACUCAAAGUACUGCAUUUCCUCGACAUUUUCCGUCACGAAUGGGAAGUACGUUGUUAGUGGUUCUGAGGAUAAUUGCGUAUAUUUUUGGGAGCUUCAGUCGAAAAAAAUAGUUCAAAAGCUGGAAGGGCACACUGAUGCUGUUAUAUCGGUUUCAUGCCAUCCCACUCAGAACAUGAUUGCUUCUGGUGCCCUUGGGAAUGAUAAGACAGUAAAGAUCUGGACUCAAGAGGAUUAAGUAAAGGAGAGUUUACGAGGGAGGGAUGAAUUUCUGGAUGAGAGAUUUUGGCAUAUUUUGAAAUGCCACAGAGCCUAACAUAAUUUCCUUGUAGUAUUCUGAUGAACUAAUCUGUGCUUUCCAUCUGGUGUCAUUAUACUGUAAGAAAUACAGAUUUGUUUACUGCCAUCUUAUUAUGGAUUUACAGUUUUUUGGGUGACCAAAUUGUUGGUGUUUUUGUAGUACAAGUAAAAUCUGUAGUAUCUAUCCAUACAUACUUUCUCAA